AGCGGUGCACAACUACAAAUGCAAUCGCGCAGUUGUUUUCGUGACCGUGCGAAGCACGCUUUACUCCGCUCUCGUUAAUCAAUUGAUUAAAACACGGUUAACCAUCAAAGGAUAUUUUGUACAAUUUUGAAACAAAUGUAAUCUGUUAAUAUCGCUUGCGUGGCUAAUCAAGCAAAACAGUUGUUCACAGUACCGAAAUCAGUUUAGUAAAAAACCAACGCACAAAACACAAUCACAAUCAAAGUGCUGAGGCUUGGUGGAAAGGGCGCAACAAUUGCAGCCGAGGGCAGAAAAACGAACAAAAGGCAGGCAACAAGGAGAAACGCAAACAAGAGCGAGUGCAAGGAGAUAGAGAGAGCGACAGAGAGAGAGACAAGUAAAAUGACGGACGAAUGCAAAAUAAGAAGCUUUGGUUCACACAGCGGCAAAAUAAACAACGAUGCAGAUAGCACAGAUGCACAAGGAGAGGCGGGCGCAAGAGGUGGCAGUGCAUCCAACGCAGUCGCGGCGCCUUUUCUGGAAAUUUAUGUACUCUGUGUCUCGGAUCACGAAGAUAACAGGAGUUGGACACUUCAAAUGUGCAAAUAUAUGCAUAUGUAUAUAACCGUUAACAAGUAUGUAGCCCGUAUGCCCACCGAUCGCUAUGCCGGAGAGUAUAAUAUGAAUCACAAGCACCGCGGACUGGCAUUGAUUUUCAAUCAUGAAUUCUUUAAUAUACCCUCGCUGAAGGCACGUGCCGGCACAAAUGUGGACUGCGAGGAACUGCGCAAGGCUCUGAAACGUCUGGAUUUCGAUGUGACUGUGCACAAGGAUUGCAAGCUGGGCGACAUACUCGAGCAUAUCAGAAAUGCUGCCGCGCAGGAUCACAGCGACAACGAUUGCAUAGCCAUUGCCAUAUUGUCGCAUGGCGAACAUGGCUACCUCUAUGCAAAUGAUGUGCAGUACAAGCUGGACAAUAUAUGGCAUUAUUUGACCGCCAACAAUUGCCCCACGUUGGCUGGUAAACCGAAAUUGUUUUUCAUACAGGCCUGUCAGGGCGACAGAUUGGAUUCGGGCGUAACGCUGGAAAAGAACGUAACGGAGACGGAUGGUGAUUCGUCAACGAGCUACAAAAUACCCAUACAUGCCGAUUUUCUAUUCUCAUAUUCAACGAUUCCAGGAUACUAUUCCUGGCGCAACACUGAAAAGGGCUCAUGGUUCAUACAGGCGCUCAUCCAAGAGCUAAACGAAAACGGCAAAGUCUACAGUAUGCUGAAAUUGCUCACUUUUGUUAGCCAACGUGUGGCUGUGGAUUUUGAGUCGAACGUGCCAUCUACUCCGAUCAUGGAUCGUCAGAAGCAAAUACCGUGUGUGACGUCAAUGCUAACUCGCAUUCUGCGCUUUACGGACAAACACCCUACUAGCCAGGCAGGCUAGCUAGCUAGCUGUCUUGUUUAAUAACAUACAUAUUAUUUAUGCUAGCCGCAUUCUGGAUUCCAUUUGACUUUAAGUUUAUGAUCGACAACGCAAUUAUUGGGCACAAACAAAGCCCAAAAUACUCUUCCAUUAUUAAUCACCAAAACUUUAGUAGAUUAAGAAAAUCGACAAACAAAUGGAUAAGAUAAGAAUCACAGCAUUAUAUAUUUGAUAAACACGUAUAUAAAUAAAUAUGAAAUUCCCGCUGA